AAACCCUCUGUUCUUUACUUCUCUUGCUCACAAUCCUUUUGGCAAAGAAAAUCCAAAGUUUUCUCUAUAAAUCUCAUCAACUCCCAUAUUUUCAUUUCUUCUUUCUAGUAAUUAAAAGAAACUACCAAAACACCAAUAAAACAAAAUUUCAAAAAUGGCCUCGGUUACAACAUCAGCUACCGUCGCGAUCCCUACAUUCACCGGACUCAAGCUCGCUUUCAGCUCCAAAUCCACGACGGUUUCCGCCGCCACCGCAAAGUUGCCUAAGCUCGCCGUAAAGUCUUCUCUCAAAGAUUUCGGGGUCAUCGCCGUGGCAACGGCAGCUUCCAUCGCUUUGGCCGGGAAUGCGAUGGCCAUUGAGGUUCUUCUAGGAUCAGACGACGGUGGUCUUGUUUUUGAACCAAAGGAAUUCACGGUGGCUAAAGGAGAGAAAAUCGUGUUCAAGAACAACGCAGGGUUCCCACACAACGUGGUGUUCGACGAAGACGAGAUACCGAGUGGUGUAGACGCGAGCAAGAUCUCCAUGGACGAGCAAGCUCUUCUUAAUGGUCCGGGAGAGACGUACGAGGUUACUUUGACAGAGCCUGGCUCUUACAGUUUCUAUUGUGUUCCGCAUCAAGGUGCUGGUAUGGUCGGCAAACUCACCGUCAAUUAAAUUGUCGGAGAGAUUCUGAUCCGAGUAGAAGCUUAGUCACAAUCGAUAUAGAAUAUCUAAUUGGAAGAAAGCGUUGAAUUAUAUAAUGUUAUUUGUCUAGAGUUACUGGUUUGUUUCAUGUAAACAAACAAAAAGCUAUAUCGAUUGGUAUUAAUUCUUAUGUACAUUUAAACUCACGGUCAUUGUUGAGGUUGGUUUUACAUUAAUCCUAGUUCCGUGUCA